AUGUCCUGUCAUUCCAGAAUAUUUCAAUUCAAGUAUAUACCAUAAAAAGGACGUGAUACUUUAAUGUGCAGCCUUAGUGAAUAAAGAUGAUUUAUUCAAAUCAACAGUGACAAGUAUUUUCAUCAAAAAAUAUUUGAGAAAUGGCCAAAUGUCAGAAUUUUUUUGUUAUAAUGGUACUUAGUAAUAUAUGUUUCUGUAGAAUUCCAUAGAAAGAAGAAUUACAGAAAUUCAACGUCAACUGGAACAAGAGAAAUACAACGUUCGCCAGGAGAAACGGAAUGUGGCACAGCUGCAACGCCAGAUGGAGAAUAGUGAAGACUUAAGAGCAGAAUUGGAGAAAGAAAAAAUGCAUCGGCAAGAGGCAGAAGCAUGUCUGAGAGAGGUCCGAUCCCAGAAUGAGCAUUGCAGAGCUCGAUUAGCAAGUCUGGAAGAAGAUUUUCAAAAAAUGGAAGAAAUGGUUAAAGAUAUACUACAGUUCAAGUCUCGUAUAGACCAGUUGAAACAUGAAAAAUCUUCUCUUUCCUUAGCAUAUGAAAACAAAAUCAGGAAGUAUCAGACAUGUUUGGCUUCUCUGGAAAAAGAAAAUUUCAUGCUUUUGAAUGAACUUCAGAGCUUAGAAGUUUCAAACAAAGACCAUGAGCAACAAAGGGAACAGUCGCUAUGUAGAAUUCUCAUAGAAAGAGUUGGGCAUCUAGAACAAGAAAAUAGAGCUCUUAUUAUGGAGAACGAACAACGACGACUACAGUAUGAACACUGUCUUGAUGAUGUUGCCAACCAGGUUGUUCAAACAUUAUUAGCACAAAAGGGCUUACAAGAAGAAUGUGGAAAACUACAAUGCAGAGUCCAGGAUCUGGAACAGCAGAACAAAGCUUUAACUGUCUUGUUUAAACGACAGCUAUAUCAUCAGGAUUUGCUGCAGAAAUCGUGUCCUACAUCCACUACCUCACCUGAUCAAGAAGACACUGUUGACAUGAUUUUAGCUGGCAGAUUGCAGAAUCUGGAGUUAGGACAAUCUAAUCAGAGCCCAAACAGGAGAACUGGUCGAUUCUCGCCCAGCCGCACUAGUCGUUCUGAAGAUAGUACAGACUCAUUGGCUAGUAUAUGUAGUGACUACUCAGUCAAGAGUGGAAACAGUGGAAGAAACGUUGUAUCAUAUCCAGGACUUCCCAGAAUGAGCUCGCCUCCUCAGUGGCUGCAAAACCAUUCUUCUAAAAUAGGAUAUAUUGCAAAACCGUCAAUUUCAAGUACAAGUGUUUUAGCAAAAUCCUUGAUAACAAGUACCACUCAUGAUCUUCAUAAUACAUCUAUGAUGAAAGAUUGGUCUGAUCUCGUUCCCCAACCUUCAUAUCAAGACUGUUACAACAGAGACGAAGUUUGUAAUUAUGCUUUUCAGGCAGAACAGAUGGAAUUAAGAGAAAUCCAUAAACUUAAGUCUCGUGAUGUUAAACAUGUGUUAGAAGAUAAAGCUCCGAAACUAUUAAAGAGUGAUAUAGCAAAUUCUAGUUUUUUAUUGGAUAAUUGCAGAAAUGAAAUAGAGCAGGUGGAGUAUAGUCAAAACAGUCAGAGGUUAUGUGUUAAUUCUGAGAGUCUUGAUACCAUAGAAACCCCCUCUGAAAAUCAUUUAACUUCAGAAAAUAUUCCUUAUCUCUCUUAUUCCCAGAAGUUAGUAGUACCAAAAGAGUACAAUAUUCAAUACGUUUCAAAUACAAGUCCUGGUGUACAAGUUACUGCUGCUCAAAAUGCUGAACUUUAUUGCAGCUCAUCAAUAAACAAAUAUACUUCUUGUCUUUCACAUCUUCAGUAUAAUUAUCCUGCUGUAAUGUCUAGUAAGUUAGUCUCAUCACAUAAUGAUACCUAUAAGUCAGAGCCUAGCAUUCCACAACCCACUACCAUAAAUAUAACUCCUCAGUUUCAUUGUGAUACUCCACACAGUUUUAGUUUCCCUGCCUUAGGAUACACACUUAACAAUACUUGUGGAAAUGUUUAUGAAGAAAUGGAUUUACCCACUUUCUUGACUGAAAAAUCAAACAGAUCAAGGUUUUCUGAAAGUUCAGAAUACUUGGCUUCUCCAGGUAAAAACAGUCUCCUUGAAAAUUGGUACACAGGUGGAAGUAGCUCAAUGAUAAAUUACCUAGGAGAAGAAUGCACCAAUACUGUGAUUCGAAGAGGUCAGGGAGACCGUGAGACAAUAGGCAAUACAGAAUAUUGUGGUGAGCUUGAAAAUUCACACAAUAUCAACUUUUCAAGAUUUAAAACAGAACUCCAAUCUAACUCUUAUGAACUUUCUUCAACUCCACACUUUCCAUCUAUAAAAAAAUGUCUAAAGAUUGACAAGGCAUUAAAGCAAGAUUCAAAAGCAAUGGACCAACCAAACAUAACCAAUCGGACACCUGAGAAACAAUGUUCCACGUCUUCCAGCACUGAUAUCGUAUUAACAAAACAUGGUGGAAAGGAUGACGGUUAUUCCACAAUGUCCAGUGAUGUACAAACAGAAAUAAAUGCAAACAAAACCUCAUCUGAAAUGAAACCAGACCCAGCAGUAUACUCAGAAUCAGGUCAUCAAAACCCUGGAAUCAGUACAGUAGAUUUAGAUUCCAUAAUGGUGUCAUCAUCUGACAGUGGUUUAGGAUUACUCCAAGGUUCGCAGAGUCAAAGACAUCUAUCAGAAAACACCGAAGAUGGAUGUUUGGGUUUUGAACAAGACUCUGAUAGUUUACAAAUUCAAAGUGAAAAGCUUGUCUCCUCAGACAAGAAUUCAUCAAUUAGACUUUCACCUAAAGGUGAUGAUGAUGAAGAUGGGGUGCAUUUUGAUAGUGGUCUUGGAGACUCACCCUUAAUUCAUCAAUUCUCAUCCUUCAGUGAACUAGAUGAGAAUUCUCCACAGUCUAACCAGUCACAAUUUGACCCUAACAGUAAUAAAAUUCUACGUCUGCUUACACCUCAGGGAUUUAAGGUUGGGAGAAACGAUACAAGAUGGGUAGCUAUGUCAGACCAGUUAUCUACAGCUUGCCAAGUUGAAACUGCAGAAAAAGCUACUUCAAUUGACCUGCAAUAUUUAGCAGUGGAUCUUCUUAGCGACAGUAGUUUCUCUGUGUCUUCUAUUGGAAGUGAUAGUCGAUCCAUAACAUCAAAAGGUCAGGUGAUGAAAAAAGAAAAGAAGUUAGUACACAGAGAAACUCAGGUAGAACUUAACCAAUCUUCUGGUUCAGAUUCUUCUUUUGGAACUCAAAACAGAUGUACCAGUCAAAAAGAAACAAAUUGUAUUUCUAGUACAGAAGAAGAAUGUAUUCAGAAAGCACAUGGCAAAAAUAAUAACUAUCAAAAUUCACACUGCAACUUAUAUCCAAUUUCUAAUUAUUUUCAAAAUUGUUUUUAUCAGAAAUGUCACCAAACCUGUUUAGAAUGGCUUGUAGACCCAGUAGAACUCAGUUUUUCCAACAUAAAAAGAGUUGCUUCGGACACAUGCCUUUAUGUCAAAGAUCAGGCUGAGAGCAUUCUGCAAGAUCUUAAGAAGUUAGCUUUCGUUGAUGGUCAAGAAAGGCUAAACUUCCGGCCACUUGAACGACACAUGUCUGCUCAGAAUAUUUUUCGAUCUCCUCCAGUCACUUCCUCACGUUUCCUGCCAGCUUUACAAUGUCGAGUUUUGGUGAACCAAGGACAAGGUAACAUGCAAGACAACGAUCAGCUGAUUUCUGCAGAAAAACAUGGUCAGCAAUGGAACAAGCAUGAACAUGUACCCACACUUAGUGCAUCUCUUACCUCUGUUCAGUCAUCUGACUCAGAACAUUGUAGCUGUGAAGAGUAUGAGAAGCUUGGUGCAACUAGUUUAAAGUGCUCAAGAGAUUACGACUUGAGUUCUGGAAGUGAGGAUGAGUGUUAUUUACGUGACCAUCAGGAUUUUGUUCAUCAGUGGCUCCAGCAAGAUUGCUCCCAGCUACAAGAAUCAAUUAAGGAUGUGUAUACAGAUAAUGAAGAAAUUGGCAAAUGGACUUUUCAGUUGUCCUUGGAGGAUGUCACUCAACCUGUUAAUAAGUUUUGUGAUAGUUGGUUUCAAAUUCCUCUUUUCAAGGAACCCAGAAGGGAAACGUAUCAAGGAAGAAUACAAAAAGAAACCAUUGCAGAUGAUCAUUUCUUGAAAGAUGCAUGGAAUUAUGCUCUAUUGUCAAGUGGUGUUUCUCAGCAAACAAUACUUACGUCAUUAGCUACAUCUAAAAACAGCAGUGCUCCCAAACUGACCAACACUCCAAAACUGAAAGAAAUUAAUGAAGAUAUCAUCAAUUUCUCUUGUAAUUAUAAAAAUAUUAAAGACUCUUUGCAAAAUAUUUCACAAAGUACUAAGAAGUUUGGAGUUUUGUUUAAUGGACAUAUCAAUAGGAAUGUGGACUCUUCAAUGAUUUUUCCAAGUUUUUCACUUCCAAAUCUAAAAUUUAUCUUUUCAGACAGUUCUGAAAACCAUCAACAAAACAAAACUGACAAAUUAAGUGAAUCUGAGCAUUGUUUUUUUACUUAUAAAGAAGAAAUACAAGAGAGAGAACCUGAUGGUGAUGUAAAUAAAGAAGAAAGGUAUAAUAACCAAAAUUUGCACACUAACACUACAGAAUUUAUUAAGGACUUUUACAGAUUGUAUCCUCUGAGAUCAAUUAAAAGUCUGAGAGAUUGUCCCAAAAGUUUACCUACAUCUGAACAACCUAGCUCUUCAGAACAAUUAUUACAAAAACAGCCCACUAAAGAUUUAAAUGAUUCUAUAUCCAAAUUGCCCCUACAAAAACAGUCAUCUAAAAAUAUAGAUGAUUUCUGUUCCAACUUGCUGCUACAAGAACAGUCCACUAAAGGUCUAGGUGAUACUCUAUCCAACUUGUCACAGCAAAAACAGUUCAGUAAAGAUCUAGAUGAUUCUGUAUCCAACUUAUUGCAACAAAAACAGUUAUCCAACCUGUCAGUUCAGAAACAGUCCAUUGAAGAUCUAGAUACAAUUGCUAAAACUGUUCCAUUGCAAAAUGUUGAAUAUGCAUCUCAUUCCAAUAAAGAUACUUCCAUAGGAAUAGAGAAAGAUAAAGGCUAUUCUGAUUGUAGCUGCACAAAAAUAACACCUUUAGAAACAGAAAACAUAAAAAGGACAAAAACAUCGUCACUGAAGGUAAAGGAACUGAAAGAUUGUCUGCUUACAAAAGGAAAUAAUUCUGAAAAUGUAUCUAAAAAACAGCACAAGAUUCCUACACAAAACCCCACAAGUGAAGCUGUUCCCAAGGAUACAGAUGCUCAGAGUCUUAUCAGUGCCAAGGAGAAAUUACUUAGACAUGAUAAAACUAAAAUUCCAGUAAAAUUUAAAAGUCCAGCUUAUGAAAAAAGUCACAAAGAUAUUAGUUCAGUCAUUCGUAAUAAUUCCUUUGCAAAACAAGAUGUUCAUAAAAGACAGAAUAUAAAGGCAAAAGAUAUCAGUAUCAAGAAGUCGCAGUCUUCACAACAAAUAUUGAAAAACAUCAGACGAUCUCAUCAUCAAUUGAGUGACAAUGCAAGAAAAGAUGGCAAUGUGGAAAGUGGCAGGCCUCUUAAGAAAUCUUAUCAUAAUGAAAGAGAGAUGGAAAAAGAAAGAAAAGAUCAAAGGGUGUUUUUAAAAGAGAAAACAAUAAGUGAGACUAACACAAAUAGAAAAGAUAUGCAUGGAAGAUUGCGACACAGUAAACAAUCUGUUGGAAAAGAAUUUCAGCCAAAGAAAGAGCAAGAAAAGAGACAAUUGGAUAAUUUCAAGGAAUUGCCACUACCAAAAAAUUCUGUAACAUUGAACUUGGAAGAGGUGUUGAACUUAACUGUGGCAGAUAAAAUCCAGCAUUUUAGCACUCUUCUUGCACAGACUGAGAAAGAAAGAUUAUCUCUUAUUCUUCAGUCUGAGAUACAAUGUCCAAAAACAUUUCAAGAACACUUUAGUACAGAAUCUUCAUUUGGAAGAGAGAUUAAUGCUUGUAAUCAACAAAAAGAAGAAUCACAAAAUUCAGGGAAUAAAGAAGGCUGUGAAACAUCAUGGAUUCAUGUAGAAGCUGAUGUUGACCUCAGUGACCCCAAGGCUAGAGCCAACCUAUUGGAUUCAAUGAUUGCCAGUAGCAGCAGUAACAGCAGCGAUGAAGAAAAUAAUGGUGAUGAAGUACAGGAACACCAACACAAUCAACGGCUGCAUGCUCUUCAUAGAUUUCGCAGGCAGAAAAAGCGAGGUUUGUUCGUUUCCUCAGAUCGAGAUGCUGUAGUAAGUUUUAUACCGAAGAAUCGAACAUCUGUCAUAAAUGGUUAUGAUAUCUUCUACCGGUUUGGAGAAAAGGAAAGAGAGGCAGUUGCUUGUUUUGACUUUUUGGAUGAGUUUUCUACCUCUCCUAGUGAUGUUGGAUCUUCUGAAAUUUUGAGUGAAGAAAGGCGAUCGAUAACUCCAGUUAUUGGAAACAGCAUCAUGAUGCCUCAAGAAUCGGUUGAAACAUCCAAUAUACUACAUGAUUUUGAUAUAUCAAUGUCCAACCUUGCUCCUCUUGACAAUCUGAAUAUAGAAAGUGGUAACAAGAGGCUAACAGACAGCUGUGUGUCAUCCAUGACUUUUCUCUCACAAGAUGGAGAGUCAGUAGACCACAUUUCUUUCAGUGACUCUUGUGCAGAAAGUUAUUCGUCCUCAACUCAGAGUCUGAAUUAUGUGUCUUGAACAGGCUUCGUAUACCUUUAUUCAACAUCUGGUUUUGUGCCCAUUUCUUAAUGUUUUCUGGAUUUACAAUAAACAUAAGGUGUCUAUAAACAUAAUUAAUGAGUGAUAAGUUUUAUAUAGUUUUUGUAUCCAUGUAUUUUCCUUAAAAAAAUUAAACGAAAAACAUGAGAAGAGUAAGUUUACCUACAGAAAAAAAAAGUUGUGUCAAGUGUAAAACAAGACCAAGUAUUUGAUAGUUUUGUUAGUAGGUCAACUAACACUAGUUUUAUACCAUUAUGUGAAUAGCAGCAGUUCUGCUAUGUAUGGAAAAUAUUUAUGGUUAUUUAAAUGUGUAAGUAGUCAGUUAUCUGAAUUGUAAUUAUUUUGAUUGACAUAUUUUUAAAGAGUUUGGAGUCCUUUAACAAGUAACUCAUUUCCUAUUAUAAAAUAAGAUGUAUAUUGUAUUAUUGUUAGUUUUCAAUGUUGUUUCAGAUGUAAUAAUUUUUUGUUUUAGAUUUUCAAUGAUAAUUACUUGUGUAUUGUUUAAGCACAAAACCUGGCCCUUUUAGUAACUGCAAGAAAAAAUUCAGGCUAACUGAGAAUGUUCAACAUCAGUAAAUCAAUUUAUGGUUAUUUUAUGGAUGACUUUGAACUUUUGAUAUUAAAAGUUACGCUCUUGGAAUCUUUCAUAUAUUUCAUACAUAGGCAAUAAAUGGUGGUAUAGAUAACAGAAUAUACUGUAUAUACUCAAUAUUUUUCUGAUUAACACCAAACAAGCAAACUGUGAAUGUGUAAAGUAAAUUCGACUGAGCAUAACAAGAUGUGGUAACUAAUAAUUUUUUAAACCUAGAAAGUAUUUUCAUGGUCAAUAUCUUAGUUUUCAGAAUCAAUGCCAGGAAUAAAUUCUUCUUACAUGGUGUCUGAAAAAACAAAGUUUUUAGAUUAGGUCUGAAUUGAAGUGGUGUACACCAAAGAAAAAUGCUUUACUUAAUCCAUGCUUGUCUGGGUAACCAUUUCCCUUUCCUCUCACUACCUCCCAAGAUCCUUGUCUCCAUAUCAAUUUACUGUAUUUUCCUUUGAUGGAAAUAAAACUUAAUAAAAGU